UUUAUCAUAAAAUCAGUUUUUGUGAUUUUUAUACAAAAGGAAAAUCCUAAUGAUGAUUAUAAUAAAGACAAUUAUUCUAGUGUUGCAUGAAGCAUUUCCACGCAAGUCUAUUAUGUAUUAGUCGCCGUGGAUUGGAUUAAAGGUCUCGUAACUAGACCAUAAAUCUUUGAAAAAUCAAUAUAAACCAUAGUUUUAAUACAAAACUGUCAAAUUAAUCUGUCAGUUUGCCAAUGUUUUAUCCAGUUUUAUCGUUCAAUGUAUAUUAUAGCAAUUAAUAAUUAUUAUGAAUAAAAUGUCUAAGUAUUUUUACAGCAACAAUGUUCUUUCGAUUUAUGCGCGGUCGCUUUACCUUCAAAAUUUAUUUCCUAUUGACUAUAAUCGCAUUACUUACAAUUUUUGCGUAUUUGUUUCCCCAUUUUAAAUUUUAUCCUAUUGCACCAGUUACUGUCCCUCCCAAUGGUUUACAAUCGAGAACGACUCGACAUUUGUCUAAACUAUUGACUGUGGUAUUUCGUCAAUUUGAGGAGUUUGAAAAUGAUAUCGCGGACAGUGUACAAUCUUUCGUUUCAGCAUUCCCUAACAUGCCUGUGGUCAUAUUAUGCCAAGGUCUGCAGUAUCCACCCUUUCAGUUCUCAGCUACGAAUGAAACAUUGCGUAAUGUCAAGAUUGUUCCUUUAGAAUUUCGUUUAAAUGCAUUGCCACAUGAACUAAAUCCUUUGACUUAUUUAAAUACUGAAUAUGUGCUAAUUGUUCCUGACUCGACUAGAGUGUCUCGUCGUGUACUACAACAGAUGGCUACAGCCGCCACAACCUUUCCUUCUCAGGGUAUAGCUGUAGGUGUAACUAAUUCUCGGUUAAUUUGCCAGAAAGUAAAGUGGAAUUAUGUUGAUUGGACAUUACAAUAUAGUAAGGAUCCAUCUGGAAAACUUUGCGAUGCAAUACAUGGCCAGCAUGCUCUUUUGAUAAAAACAUCUCUUUUGCAAACUUUCCCUCAGCCAUUUGCAUUCCCUUUCCCAGAAUCUUUGUAUCUGCAAUCAACUGUAAGAAAAAUAAAGAUUCAAAUCGUUGAUGGCAAAUUUGGUGCGGGUAGAAGUGUCCUAAAAUCUCCAGCAGCUAAACAAAAAGCUUCAAAACUUGCGCGAGAUGCAAGGAUAAGUCUUUAUAAACAACUUGGUGUGAAAAUGGUGGUCAGAGAGGACAGUAGAGUGCAGUGGUUUGGUUGUAAAAGGGAUACACAGCGAUGUUUCCCGUCAGUACAAGGGACACCAUCGUACAUACUGUCAGGACGGAACACCCCGCCUUGCUGUCGCAGGAACAUCCGUAGAACAGCUGCGCAUGUGUUACGCACUUUGCAGCUAGCGGGCGCUCGUUGUUGGCUUGAAACUACAUCUUUAUUGGGCGCUGUUGUAAGAAGUGAUAUUCUUCCAUGGGCAGAAUAUGCAGAAAUAGGCAUCCACGCGUCAGAUGUUCCUCGUGUGUCGUUGUUGCAAAGGGGAGGAGCGGAUUCUGAAGGUUUUAUAUGGGAAAGAGCAACCAAAGGUCAUUACUACAGAGUGGGGUAUUCAGCAACGAAUAACAUUUAUGCGUUGGUGUUGCCUUUUACUGCGAAGAAUGGUACAAUGUGGCCUGCGGAUUGGGUCAUGGCUCAUCAGAAGGAAUUCCCUGAAAGACAUCUACAUCCACUUGCGCAGAUUCAGUUCGGUGGUCGUCAAGCGCCUGCGCCUAACGACGCUCGUGCAUUUUUGGAUUUAAAAAUUGGCAACUCCGCAGUCGAGAAAUGUAACAAACUAGGUCCAAAGUUACUCUAUCCAUAACAUUCUGGAUAAAAACUUUUUUAGAAUUAUUAUAAACUUUAUGUACCUGUUCUAUUUUACAUAGCAUAUAAAUGCUCAUAUAUUUGUAUUUAUUGUAUAAACUAUUUGAAUAGAUGUUAAAAUUCAUAUGUUUGAGCUUUGGGCAAAAAUAAUAUUUAUAUGAAAAUGUAGAGUAUUUCUCUAUAUUUUAAGCUUGUCUUUGAAAUUAAAAUUCAGUAUGUUUUUGAAUUGUGUCCAAAUCCAAUCAAAUUAAAAGCUAUUCAUUAUUGUAGUAUCUUAUAAUAUUUAUUUUUUACAUUAGGCUUUGACUUGCUUUAAGCUAAAAAAAAAAUUCCGCAGCUUGUUACUAGACAUUUUUUCAGAGUGUAAGCCCAUUACGUACCUUCAGUUUUUAUUGAACAAUCGAAUUGUACAGUUAAAACUGUCUGUUGUAUAACUGUAAAGUUUAAUUGACAGUUAUUUUUUUCUAUACUUUCUUUUAGACUGUACAAUUGAAAUUGUGCAGUUAAAACUGACUGUGUAGAGGGUUUUAGUGUAAUUGUUAAAGCACAAAUUAAUAUUUAACUGCUUUCUUAUUCCUACAAUAUGUAAGUUUGAUUUUAUUCCUAUUUUAGAAUAGAAUUUCAAAGAUCUCAUAAUCUAGUCUUCUAGUGAAGUAUUUUAGUUAAUAAGAUUAAUUCCGUAGGUUUUCAUUGACGAUGGACAUGUUUACAAACAUGUUUUUGUACAUGUUUCGCCAAUGGAAACAUACGGAUAGUUUAUAAGCAAUACGGUCAUUGAAAAUGACAUGUUUUGUUUUCAAGAGUUUAUAUAGACAGAUAUUUUAAAAUAAUGAACUUAAUGUAUUUU